ACAGGAGGUGUGGCGGCCCCUUUAAGCAGCGAAGCUCGUGUUGCAAUCGCAGCCUUGGGAACCGGUCCUUUCCGGGGGGUGGAGCCUGUGCCAGUAGCGGCGGCCAACCAAAGCGCGGCAUUUUCCGCGGGAGAUCCGAAUUUCGCGGCACGCAGUUUGGCGCUAAAAAAAAAAAAAAAAAAAAAAAAGAGAGAGAAGAAGGAGGAAAAAAAAGAGGCAGAGAAAGACUUGGGGACCAGAGAGCCAGGCGAGAGGGAGUCGGUGCAAUCGGCCCCUCUUCCCCGUCUGAGCGCAUCACCUCUCCUCCGAGCCCCCGGCGACCCCAGAGACCCCUACCAGGAGCCAGCCAGACCCCAAGCGCCGAGGCCUUUGGGGGCGCGGGGCCGUCCCGGGUCGCCAUCGCCCUCGGGGUGGGACAGCCACUGGCCGUGCCGCCGCCGCCGCCGCCGCGGGGCGAUCUCCAAGCGGGGAUCUCCAAGCGCUGCUCAGCUCGGCCGCUGGCCAGGAGGGGAGGGUCCGGCCUUGCCCCGCAGGCGUCCAUUGGCGGCUUUCCCCGGCCUCCGCGCCAUGCCUCGGGCGGUGUGAGCCUCCGCGGGCUACGGAGCCCGCAGGUGCCUGCGGGCGCGCCUGGCCCGGUUGGGGAGGGGGCGUUGCGCUCGCCAUGCUGCGAGGGCCCCGGGCCCUGGCUCCAGCCGCCGGGCCGCCCUCGAAGGGACUGCACGCGAUGAGCCCUACCGAGCUGUGGCCGCCCGGCCUCAGCAGCCCCCAGCUCUGCCCGGCCACCACCACCUACUACACCUCGCUGUACCCGCAGACUGUGCCUCCCACUGCGGCGCCCGGCACCUGCCUCGACGCCACCCCCCACGGACCCGAGGGCCAAGCUGUGCGAUGCGUGCCGGCUGGCCGGCUGCCGGCCAAAAGGAAGCUGGACCUGGAGGGGAUCGGGAGACCAGCGGUCCCUGAGUUCCGGACUCCGAAGGGGAAGUGCCUUAGAGUGGACGGUCUCCCCAGCCCCAGAACCCCCAAGUCCCCUGGAGAGAAGACUCGUUAUGACACGUCGCUGGGGCUGCUCACCAAGAAGUUCAUUUACCUCCUGAGCGAAUCCAAGGAUGGGGUCCUAGACCUGAACUGGGCUGCCGAGGUGCUGGACGUGCAGAAACGGCGCAUCUAUGACAUCACCAACGUGCUGGAGGGCAUCCAGCUCAUCCGUAAGAAGGCCAAGAACAACAUCCAGUGGGUAGGCAGGGGAAUAUUUGAAGACCCCACCCGGCCGGGGAAGCAGCAGCAGCUGGGGCAGGAGCUGAAGGAGCUGAUGAGCGCGGAGCAGGCCUUGGACCAGCUCAUCCAGAGCUGCUCUCUGAGCUUCAAGCACCUGACGGAGGACAAGGCCAACAAGAGACUGGCCUACGUGACUUACCAGGACAUCCGUGCUGUUGGCAACUUUAAGGAGCAGACGGUGAUCGCUGUCAAGGCCCCUCCGCAGACAAGACUCGAGGUGCCCGACAGGAGCGAGGAGAACCUGCAGAUAUACCUGAAGAGCACCCAGGGGCCCAUUGAAGUCUACCUGUGCCCAGAGGAGGUGCAGGAGCCCGACAGUCCUGCCAAGGAGCCCCUCCCGCUAACCUCCACCCUUGGCCCCAGCCCUGACUCCACCCAGCCUGGCAGCAGCACGGACCCUGGGAUGACAGAACCCAUGGCAUCCCCAGCACCAGCGCUGACUCCCCAGCAAGUCCCGCAGCCGCCAGCGCCCCCACCCCUGCCGCUUGUCCCCCUGGAGGCCACCGACAGCCUGCUGGAGCUGCCACACCCACUUCUGCAGCAGACGGAGGACCAGUUCCUGUCCCCGAGCCUGCCGUGCAGCUCUCCCCUGAUCAGCUUCUCCCCGCCCUUGGACCAGGAUGACUACCUGUGGGGCCUGGACGGGGGUGAGGGUAUCAGUGACCUCUUCGACUCCUACGACCUUGGGGACCUGCUGAUUAAUUGAGUGGCCUUGCCUGUCCCAGCAACCUGCCCUUGGCUCUACCUCCGCACAGACGGACAGGCCCUCUGCCCGCGCAGGGACGUGGGACACAAGGUGCUGCCCUAGGGAUGGGGGGGGACCUCUUCUCUU